AUGCGCGGAGGCAGAGGAUGCCACAACAGCAUCAUCAGCAUCUGUAUCCUCCUCAUCCUCCUCAUCUUCCUCAUCUUCCUCUUCUUCUGGAACUCUGAGCCUCUGCCCCCCGCGAGAGCCACCGCGCCCCAGCCUUUGUCCCGGUCUGUCCCGGUCUGUCCCGGUCUAUCGCGGUCUGUCCGCCUUACGGAGCUCUAUUCGGCGGUGAGAGGAGCGGACCGCCCUUCUCCGUGUGGCCGCUUCACAGAGCACCAUCUCCGGCUGUGGAGAGGAGCCGCCACAGCACUGGAGUCUCUCUCUCUCAGAUUCCCAGCAUGCUGUGGGGCCCUCGCAGACAUGAGUGUCACUUCCUGGUUCCUGGUGAGUGGGGCGGGAACUCGGCACCGGUUGCCGCGGGAGAUGAUCUUUGUGGGACGCGACGACUGCGAGCUGAUGCUGCAGUCUCGCAGUGUGGACAAACAACACGCUGUCAUCAACUACAAUCCGACCACUGAUCAACACUUGCUGAAGGAUCUGGGCUCUUUGAACGGGACCUUUGUGAACGAGCUGAGGAUCCCAGAGCAGACCUACAUCGGCCUGAAACUCAACGACAUCAUCCGCUUUGGCUAUGAUCCUCACGUUUACGUCCUGGAGAAGAGUCAACACAAAGUCCCAGAGGAGGCUCUGAAGCACGAGAAGUACACAAGUCAGCUGCAGAUCAGCCCAGAGCCUCAGAGGGACCCCGAGGAGAAGAGGCCCAAGCCAGACUCAGGUCCAACUCCUCUGUACGGACAGCCAUCAUGGUGGGGCGACCAGGACGACAGAGACCACGCCAACAGAGAUCUGCAGAAGGACUCGGACCAGAACAAGCCUUGGUACUUUGAGAUCCCCACACGGGACGGUCCGGCUCAAAACUCAGUCCAGAUCCAAGACCUGGUCCAGUCCCAGACCCCAGACCAGAUCCAGAGCGAGACUCCGGCUGCAGUCCAGAGCCACGCUUCCUUCACCAUUGAGUUCGACAACCUCACCCCGGGAAAGAUCAAGAUCAAAGACCAGGUGACAAAGUUUUCCCGAACCAAGAGACCGGACCAGGACCCGGACGUUAUUUUAUCGCAGAGGAAGGUCUGUGAUUGGCUGGUGCACAGCGAUGUCAACCUCAUGCGGCGAGCACCGAGACCUGACGACGUCUACAGCACCAAGAGCGACUACAGCGUGAAGAUUCGAACUCCCAGAGAUCAUCACCAUGACGACGGAACUCAGAGCGACUCAGAGGAUCCUGUCCAAUCACAGCCCUCUAAGCAGACCACACACCUUCAACAGGCCCCUCCCCCUCAGCAGGCCCCUCCCCUUCAGCAGCCUCCUCCCCCUAGGCAGGCUCCUCCCCCUCAGCAGGCCCCACCCCCUCAGCAAGCCCCUCCCCCUCAGCAGGCACCUCCCCCUCAACAAGCACCUCCCCCUCAGCAGGCUCCUCCCCCUCAGCAAGCACCUCCCCCUCAGCAGGCCCCUCCCUCUCAGCAGGCCCCUCCCUCUCAGCAAGCACCUCCCCCUCAGCAAGCACCACCCCCUCAGCAAGCACCUCCCCCUCAGCAAGCACCUCCCCCUCAGCAGGCUUUCAUCAUUGAGUUUUACGAUGACGAUAAUCCAAGAAAAAAGCGAUCCAUGUCAUUCACCCACAGCCCUCAGACCUCUGGACCCCAGUCUGAGGUCCAGGCCGCUCUCAGAGCUCGUCUAGACCGCCGCAGACCAGACCGUCCCGCCUCAGUCCACGGGACCAUGGACCCCAAGUCCCGGUCCAGCUCCACCCCAGGGAGCCCCCCCACUCGGGCCCCAGGGAGCCCCCCCACACGACCCUUUGGAAGUGUGGGCCGCAAGUCCAGAUUGAGCCAAGACUUCCACCUCCUCAGAGACCCAGACCCGGGGCAGGACCGAGCCCAGGACCAAGCCCGGGACCAAGCCCAGGACCAAGGCCAGGGAAAAGCCCAGGACCAAGCACUGGAUCGAGGACUGGACCAAGGCCUGGACCGAGACCAGGCCAGGAGCAGAGCCGACCAGUACAAGCCCACCAGAGACCCGCCCCUCACCCCACCCAAGUCUGCCCCUCCCAUUCUGGGGGCGCCAGAGGACGACUGUGUGAGUGACGCAGGGACGUACACCAUCGACAACGAGCCGGACGGAGAAGUGGAGCAAGCGCGGAGCAUGAUCGACCAGGUCUUCGGUGUGCUGGAUUCCCCGGAGUACACUGGACUGAGUGACAUCACAUCAGAGCAGAUCCUGGACCAAGCCCCACGCUGGGUUUCCAGAUGGGCCAGUCUAGCCGACGAGACUGGGUCCAGUCCUCAGACCGGGUCUAGUCCUCUGUCUGGACCCAGUUUUGACCACAGUGAGAACAAGAGCCGGCGGAUCCUCCCUCAGAGACCUACUGAUAAGCUGGACUCACACGGACUUCACCAGACCCAAAACCUGGGUCUGGACCAGAGAAUGGACCAAAGACUGGAUCAGAGACCAGAGCAAAGGCCGGAUCAGAUACUAGACCAGAGGCCGGACCAGAGACGAAAUCAGAGACCAGACCAGAAACCGGACCAGAGACCGGACCAAAGGCCGGAGCGGCUAAUCCUUCAGGAUGAUGUUGAGCCCGACAGUUUGAGCGACAUGAGCAGAUCUGAAGAACCUCAAAGAUUCCAAAAGAACCUCAGUCCAGACCAGAAACUGGACCAGAGGCCGGACCAACCCAGCUCCUGUUUCUACAUUGGAUCCAAUCCCGGUCCAAAACCGGAGUCCAGACCAGACCGAACCAAGACUCGGGCCACCACAGUCCUGAUCCGCCAGCUGAACCAGGAGCCCAAAAAGUCCGGAAUCAAGCCCAACAGCUCUGCUCCGGACCUGAGGACCCACGGGACCAGAGCCGAGACCAUAGACCAGACCAGACCAGAGACCAGACCGGAGACUUUCUUUCGUCAGGAGAGCUUUACCAAAGACCGGCCCGAUGAAGUCCAAAGGAAGAAGCUACCUCAGAUCUCUAGCCAGCCCUCGCUCCGAGAUCUGGACCCGGACCUGAUCUCUGCAGACUUCCUGUGGAGACCUCUGGAGCUGGACUCAGACUCUGACUUGGACAGCGUGAGCACCGCGAGCGUCGUCAGUGAGAAGUCUGCGAAGAAACAAGGGCACAGAGACCGUUCUGGACACGGCUCGAGACCAGGGUCUGGAUCGGGUCCGGUCUCGGCGAGGGAGCUUCUGUCAGAGAAACGCACAAAAAGGGUGGGGCUAGAGGACAAGAAGCAUGAGAGGAAGACGGUGGAGAGAAGGUCCCAGGUUCAGACCCGAUCCCAGGUCCUGAUCAGGUCCAACAGUCUGUCUGCUCCAAGACCAACCCGAGCCUCCAUGCUGAGGCGGGCCAGACUCGAGUCUGACACCGAAGAGCCAGACCCCGGCAAGUCCAAGACCCAGGACCCAACCAGGACCAAGACCCAGGACCCAAGCAAGACCAAGAGCACGGAGCCUACAAAGAACAAGACCGCAGAACAAAUGAAGACCAAGACUAUAGACCCCAUCAAGACUUCUGCAGAGUCCAGACCAGAGUCGGGAUCAGAGUCCAGGCCAGAGAAGAAGCUUUCUCGUCUGGACAUCCUGGCUCUGCCGCGACACCGGACAGGAUCCUUCACUGGAGAAGAGAGUUCAGCUCGCUCAUCGGCCAAUCGGAACGUGGCAGAGAAAGGGGCCGGGGCUAAGCAGACCCAGACCAGAACCAGGUCCAGAACCAGGUCCAGCGGCUCCGUGGGGCGGAGACUCAAGGCCUCGUCUUCAUCAGAGGAGGAAGAGCCCGCCCCCACCACUGUCCCCGACCAAUCAGAAGACCCCUACCAGACCUGGACCAAUCACAGUGCAGAGAUCGCCAAACUGAGCCAGGACUUGGCCAAAGAUCUGGCGAUUUUGGCUAAAGAAAUCAACGAGGUGGCUGGAGACGCAGAGCCGGACUACACUUCCCACGAUGCACCUGGGUCCCCGGCCUGCAGCACACAGAAGGUCUCAAAGUCACCGCUGGACGUCAACAUGAACCAAUCAGAGCGCAUCACACAGAGCCAUCAGGAGAUGCAGUCCUGUCCCCUGGUCCCGGUCGUCCUCCUCUGCAGAGAUGUGAAGGACGAGUGUGGGCGUCUGUCCCUCAGCCUGAGGUCGGUGCUCAGGACUAAAACAGGACUUUGGGACGAGAUCCAGGACCAGUCUAACAGAGAGACUGCAGUCCCUGAAGACCAGAACCAGGACCAGGACGUGGUGAGGAUCCUUCAGGAGCUCAGGACGAUACAGGUCCAACUCCAGGUCAUGAACAGAGUACUGGAUCAGACCAGAGCCCAAGACCAGGUCCAGACCAGAGAGAAGCGACCACCCCCAAAGACCAGAUCUGUGGACCCCAAAAGGACCUGA